UGAGAAUAUUAUGAGAGAAAUAAAAUGUGUUUUUCAAGCAUUUUUAGAGGCAUAUAAACCUCAGAAUGCGAGCGAAUGGGGUGGAGGCGAUUUUGGGGCAGCUUGAAGGCAGGAAAUAAUACGUGUUUACAGAGAAAAAUGCAGAGGAAGGUUCAAUCAUUCCUGUCUCCUAAUACGUGUUCGCAGAGAAAAAUGCAGAGGAAAUAAGACGUGUUUGCAGAGAAAAAUUGAAAAUUGUCACUCGUUUUGGGGGCCGAUUCUCACAAUGGUAGGGCAUGAAAGCAGCAGGGAAGAGCUUAAACAAUACGAAAAGCAGCAAACAAGUUACAAAACCAGCAUUAGAAGAUCAUCAAAAAAAUCAAGAAUAUAUGGUACCGAUUUUUGUUGAUCCUGAGAAGACAACAACAACAAUAGUUGAUGCCAUGCAAGCUAGAGAUGAUGGCCAACAAAACUCUCAAAAAAACAUGCAACCAUUUUCUAUUGAUCUUAAUCAAAUGAUGACAAUAAUGGACACAAUGCAAAGCGGAAACGGUGUUGAUGAUAUUCAUAUGGAGGAUCAUGAUCAACACUUUUUUGGUUAAUCACUAUAGUGUAUUAUUCUCCAAUGUAUUAAUCGUUAAGUACUUUAACUCUAUUUUAAAAUUAGAGCUUGGAGGGAGUGGAUUGUGGAAUUAAGAUAAAGACAUUAUUUGUAUAUUGUACUUUUGAGUUAGACUACUAUUGUAUAUGUGAAAAAUUGGCUCAUCCUUUUGUAA